CGUUCAACCCUUGAGCCCAACGAACGAUUCAAUGUUUUUUUUACAAAUUGAAUUUUUAUUGUUUUAAAGUCACAGAGAUAUUUUCCCUUCACUGAUUUUAUUUUUGCAUUUGGAGUAGCUUAUUUCUUAUUCAGCCACGAUGACGCUUUUGUUGCCCAACAGAUGACGGAAGUGUAGAUUGUUUGAACAUCAAGACUGUCUCUGGAAGUGCUUUUCUUAGACGACAAUGGAGUAUUAAUUGAUCUUCAUAAUGUUGGCUAUGACAGAAAAAAAGUUUCGGAUUCCUGGAGAAGACCAAGAACAUCGACAACCGCCGAUUCACUGGCAACUCAAAUACGACACCACGCAUGACGUCAGAUUCGAGUCCAUGCGUAGUCCAGUCCGACACGGUCAGCUCCACCGGAUUCACCGUGACCUUACAAAAGAGACGGAGCGCAAGAUUCGCGCUUAUGACCGCGGUCAACGGAUUUUUACUGCUGAAGUUCGAAGGUACUCUCAAAAAGUUCAAAACAGACUGGCUACUUUACGAAAUAUUACAAACAGCGUGAACACAUUGCUUUCAAUGAAGUACAGCUACAACGACUGGAAAAAACAUGAUUCUGAUGCCCGCCAUCAUUUUGCCAAGACGUCAGAAAAUGCUCGAAAGAUUGAUGAUCAAAAGCUGCUUUUCCGCGUUUCCCAUCGGGAAGGUGGCGAAAAAGUAACAACGGCUAAAACGGAACUGUCACGUGACGAUUUAGCCCUACCGGAAGUCAGCACGACAAAAACUCUUCCACCUCAGACUAUGGUUGUUCACAGGGAACUUACAAUGCCUUAAUCUUCAAAAUGUGAUGCUUUAUUGCACCAAAUGUUAGUUAUCGAUUGAUUAUGGAGACUGGGGAUCGUGUUAAUGACAAUUUUGAUAAACAAAUCUCCACAAAGCAUCACUUUGGGGUUUUCAUAUGAAUAAUAAAUUGUAUAUGUAUUUAAAAAUUUAUUUUUAUUGUUAGAUUAUCUACUGACCAAAUACCCUUUAACUGGAAUGACCAUAUCACAAGACUGCCGUUGACUGAAGGAUUAAGUUCGUUCCUAGAAGAAUGUUUUUAUUA